UGCACACUACCGACAGAGAUACCAACUGUAAAUACAACACAAACGUUGCGUCAUAUUGCGCACUGUGUUCCGAGUCGUGUGUCGCGAAUCUCGUUUUCGAAAGAGCACGCACACACAUGCCGCGUCGUGAAAUCAAAUCAUCGGCCCGGGAAACAAGAGUGCAUAAAUCGCGUGCGACAAUUCUUAGUGUUCGUCAGAUGCAAUCGGUUUUGGCGCGUGUGGUUGCGUACGUGUCGCGUGACUGUCGAUUCACGUAUCUGUGCGCGCUCGGUAGGUCAAAAUGGCGUGAACCGACCGUGCGAUUUUAGGUUAUCUUUGCUCGUGGCAAAUCACCGCGGGUCCAGAAACAAAGACGCGCGUUUAUCCCCCAGUGGUAUCCUUGUUUCCAAGUGCUCACCGCGAUCCUCCACGUGCGUUUUUGGGCCCGAGUUACAUGAGUUAUGAGGACGGAAUGCCCGCAGGCGGUAACAGUCGUUUCCGCGGUUACCCAGCGCGGAUGUCCGAGCGACAACAACUCGCGCUCCUUCUUCAAAUGACCUCUCAAGAAAUAGUGUCAGGCGGAAACCGACCAGAGAACACAACUACAUCAAAUACUACUCCAAGGUCAUCGACAAUACAGCAGCGAGGGUCAAAAGGCCGCUGGACUAGCAAAAAUGGGGAAUCGGCAGUCCAGGCGUCUAUUAAUCGCAAAGAAGAUUUUCGAGUACGACAGAUGCUCGUGAAUGGAUAUGAUCUCAACGCCAAGGAAGCGAACGAUAUUACAGGUGUGAGUUCACCUGAUGAAAGUACAACGGUUGCUCCUGAUAGCCCAUGCUCUCCGGCUGAAACGAGCGCAUCAGCGCCGUCAAACGAACAACAACAACAAGAACAAGAGCAACAACAACAACAGCAGCAGCAGCUUUACGAACAUCACCAUUCUCAAUUUCAACAACAACAGCAACGUACGACCGGAAGUGCGCCAGCCGCUGCACCGCACGUUGCUGAGGACAGUGGAGCCCCCUGUGAGAUGCGGAGGACACCACCGCAAAAUAAAGUCGAUAGAUCGGGAACCGGGCAGUCUGGAAGCUCGCCGAGGGUGACGCUUCGGCUCAACCAGGUGCGAGGAGCGAGGGAUGAAAAGAAAGGAGGGGGUGCUACUAACUCCCGACAGGGCGGCAUGAACGCACAGAACCAAGGUCAAAUGGAAACUUCGUCGAAGACGUCUUCGAACGUCUCGUCAGGAACCGUGAAUGUCGUCUCGGGUUCCAGCACCUCUGGAAACACAUCGUCUGCCGGCGAUAAUGGCGACGUAUACGAGUUCAAAAGUUCGAAAGAGCCAACGCCGGUCAGGGGUGCAAGCUCAUCGCCGAAUCCUAAUCCCGAGAAAGACAAAGAUGGUAGCAAAUCUGCCGGUAAUCAAGGAGGCCAGAGCAGUGGUAGCAACGUAUCUACCGCUGGUAGUGCGACAACAUCUUCUGGUGAAACAACGACCGCAUCGAUUACUACCGAUGAUGCUCCUGCGGUUUCAGCAUCGCCUUCGUCUAAGCGUGCGUUCGAAAGCGACAAUGCGGAAGAGCAAGACGAGGAGAAUCGUCGGAAAAAACGAAAAGAUUCUGAGCCUGUUAAGGAAAAUUUAAAAAGCGCCACUACUGGAAGGCAGAGUGCCGGUAGAAACUCCGCUAAUACCGGAGAAAAGUGUACCAAAUCUGGUAAACAAGGAUCUGGAACAACUUCGAAUAAAAGCAAUCAAAACGCAACCACGAUUAGUACCGAUAGGAAAAGUCCAAGUACUUCCUCGAUGGCGAGCAGUCCGAAGCCUUCGAAUCCUUCUAAUUCAACGACUAAUUCUAAAACAAUUACACCAGCACCUCCGGAAUCUGACGGUGAAGACGAUCGAUCGAAAGGCUCAGACUCUAAUUCAGCUCCUAAAGUACCACCUUUGAAAAUAGUUAUACCUCAAAGUACCACCUCUGAGCAGGAGCAAGGCAAUAGAAACGGGAAGAGCACGUCUAAUAGGAGUCAUCAGUUACCCUACGUAGUUGCCAGUUCUAAUAGUAAUGAUUCAACGGAUAAAGAUCAGAAUCUGUCCACCAGUGGGACAACGAGUCCCACGGAAAGUGGAAAUACUGCUAAAAAUGAAGAUAAAAAAGAUUUUAGCGGUGCUUUGCACGGAGAAGAAAGGUCAACGCAUCAUCAAAGAGUGCUGAGAAGUUCGCAUAGAUCUGGUAAUGGGAGCAAUGGGUCGGCGGCUCUGAAAGAAAAUUCCUCUUCCGCGGCAAAUGGAAAUUAUUCGAAUUCAUCUCCAUUACCGGUAGCUGCCUCGACGGAUCGUUCGAAUAAUUCGUCACCGCAGCAAAGACAUCACUCGCCAACACCUGAAACUGUUACUUCCGAAUCAAAUAAAAAUACGUCGACGGAAGUAUCGAAUAGUGGGACCGCAUCAAAAGCAAAUAUUAUGGCGGAAAAAUCGGAAAAGAGCAAUGAAACAAGUGGAAAAUGUCAGAAAGAUAAUGGAACAGAGAAUUCGGAAAAUACUUCUACAACUACCUCAUCGACAACAUCAAAUAUAAACACUCCAGCACCACCUGUUGAACUUCACCCUAGGAAAAGAAAAAUGAAACCUAAUAAAGAAGCACAAGCUGCUACAGCUGCUUCUAACGAAGCAUCUGAAACAACAAAUACGGGACCAGAAGUUCAUCCGCAUGAUCAACCAAUUACAAACUGUUAUCAAUUGUUUUUAAACAUUAGAAAACAGAUCGAACGAAGACGAAAAGGUCUUUUUCCAGUUCAACCAAAACCACCUCAGGGUUUCAAGGAUUAUUUAAUGAAUCGUUGUACAUACGUAUUAGCUGGGAAUGCAAAUAAAGAGCCAAACGUUAAUCCUCCAGUCGGAUUACAAGGCGCUAUGAAAGAUUUGUAUAUUGAACAAGAAAAGGAGAGAUACCGUCUAAGAAUGCAACAUGUUGUUGAAAAAGAAAAAUUAGUUUUAUCGGUGGAACAAGAAAUCCUUAGAGUACAUGGUAGAGCUGCUAGAGCUCUAGCCAAUCAGUCCCUUCCCUUUUCUGUUUGUACGAUAUUAAAAGAUGAAGAAGUUUAUAAUGUUAUUACUCCAGAACAAGAAGAGAAAGAUAGAAAUGCAAGAAGUAGAUAUAACGGCAGAUUAUUCUUGAGUUGGUUACAAGAUGUAGAUGACAAAUGGGAAAAGAUUAAGGAAGCAAUGUUACUCAGGCAUCACAAUGAAGCUGAGUCGUUACAUGCUGUCCAAAGAAUGGAUUGGGAAUGGAAAUUAAAAGAAGUUGGAUUAUGUGAAUUUAAAGCAACACCUCAAAUAGAAGAUAUUCAUGUUCCAAUGGUACAUGUCUCAGAUGACUUUGAUUUGCUCCCAGCCUAGUAUACAGUAAUUGCACAAUUGACUUGGCAUAAAUAUUUCGCUCAUACCUUUGAAAUAAUCGUAAAAGGUAUAAUUACAAUCUGUGAUCUCUUUAAUAACGUAUCCGCCGUUUUUGCACGGUUACCAAAUUAUAUUGAAUUAUUCUUAAAACUAUUGCUACACAUGGAGGCUACAUUUA